AUGGUGACACACAACUUGCCACUCCAGGGAUUGGCCAACGGUGUGAUGGCUCGUUUGAUUCGCUACUCUCGGGAAUAUGUGGUGCUCGAAAGACUGGAUAACCGGAAAACUGUGUACCUGGAUCGUAAAUUGUUCACGAAUGGCCAACGAUAUUGGCACCAGUUUCCGGUGGUCAUGUCGGAAGCAAUAACUGUGCACAAGAGCCAAGGAAUGACAUUCGAUGGAGUGGUGGUCGUCACAGAAGGAAUGAAUCGCUGGAGCGCGUUCCCUGGAGACAUCACGGAUCGUUGA